AGCCAUUUUGUGUUCGGCGCAGCGUGCGCGCCUCGCGGCGCGGCCACUGCGACGGAGCAGCGUCAGGGUUCCGAGGCGCAUGACGGUGUCAGCCAAGUUCACCGUUUUGGUUGCUCUCGCGGCUUCCCGCUGCAGCGCGCAAGCGCCAAGUUACGAUUGCGACGCUGACUACGCCGAUUGGAAGGCGUCAUGGUCGUACGACAAGCAGGCGUGGUGCUGCGAGAACCGGGGGUCCGCCUGCAGCACGGCCGACGGGCCGGCCUUCGACUGCGGGGCCGCGCUGGAGAACUGGCAGAAGGCCUGGUCCGACAAGAAGAAGGCCCACUGCUGCGAGGUGACGGAUGGUGCGGCAGGCUGUGAGUCCAGAAGCAUUAUUUCUAGUUCGAUUGUAGACGCUUCGCGGAAGCGCACCGCCUUGCUGGAAUGGUGUCGAUCUCGCACGUGGGAAGUGACGGGCCGCAGGAACAGGUGGCCGUGAUUAGGUCGCCUUCGCAACGGGCUCGUUAAAUAUUGGUGCUUCCACGCUGUGACAGCCGCGGUUUCAAAGUAGGUCGGUUGGCUACUGAGUAGUGCGACGCGCGCCUUGCGCGAGCCAUGCUGGUCUCCAGAGGCGCUGUCCCUGCUCUGGAAGGUACCGCCAGACUACCUUUCUCGCUAUUAUGGGCGGCGUGUGCCAGAUUCUGCCAUGUCAGAGGAGAGUUGGAGCCCUUGGGCGGCCCGGCAUGAAGGAAGCUGUCGAAUAAGCAGGUUGUUUGGUAGGUACGUGACGUUAGUCACCUCUGAUAAGCCAGUCGACAUCUUGUAUGUCUUCCGGAUAUGGAUGGGUGCAUCAUCCGUGGAUGUGGCGACGAUUUCGUCGUCGAUAUGUCUUCAGCUUCAUGUUGAGCACUGCUGCCUAGAAGUCUGUUGCUACACUGUAUGACCGUUUGUGUGCCUACGCCAAUUAGCACAAUCAGCAAUUGCAGCAUUCCGGUGAGAGGGCGCCAGUAUAGAGCAGGAUGACGAUGCACGCUGGAGGAGAGCGGAUGGUCCGAAUUAACGAUUUGGUUAAUACCAGUGGCAGGAGCGGGGACGAGCUUGCCAGUCGGUGAUUCCUAAUCGCUGUAGAUUCCGACGUUCAAUGCCCCGCCUUGCACAUAGACUUGUUAAUGCGACGUGCAUAUGCCAUGUUUGUGCGUGUUCACCUCGCAAGCUAGUAGCUCUUAAUCGGAAGCACGCUCUAAACAAAAACCGAUGUACGUUCUCUCGUCAGGACGACGUAUGUUCCUUCGAGGCCCACUUGCCCCCAGGGAUCUCUGCAUACGCAGCCAGAGCAGAGGGCAAAUACUAGAGUGACCUGGGCCGAGGCGACAGUACGAGAUAUAUUGUUGGUGGUCGUGUUGCUGAUUGUCAUUGGCGUCUUGGUGUUCUUGAUCUACAAGGCGCGAGACAGGGGCCACUGAAGGGCGCAACAGUGGAGGCUGCGGAUAUUGAGGAUACCGAGGAUGGAGUAGGCAAGGCAGGCACCUGGUUUUGAGCGCGGGCUUUGAGUUAAUUGAACAUGUGUGCCGCCCCCGUCCUUCAGACAGCGCGUGCCGCCGUUCAUGCCGUAUGAUUUUGCCGGAGCAGCAAGUGCGGAGCGUCAGGAUAAGAUGAUGUGGCUCGAGGAUAUCCAACACGCACCGUGCUCAGACACAACCGCUUCGAUCGUUUGUACAUGACUUCUUCCGCAGCUACGGGUUCUGCUUGUCGACGCCGUGCUCUCCUGAAGCCAGUAGCUCAGCAUUCUCAUGUGGCCCUGUACAGUAGACCCCACCCCCUUGGUUUUCGCAGGUGCCGUCUUCCAUCUGCAUUGAGUUGGCUUCGGGAGGGCUGUCCAUCUUCUCUUCAUGAAAGUACCGACCGCUUAUGUUCUGGCUCAGCCGUCACAGGGGAG